AUGUCAGGAUCGUCUGAAGCAGCUUCGAUUGAUCAUUCUUCUGAAGAGAAAGGGGGUGUCCUGAAGGGCUCCGUCAAGCAAGAACGGGGGUUGAAAUUCGACAAGGCCAAGAUGGGGAUGUUGGAAAUGAAUGAUCGAAAAAGUGAGCGAUGCAGUCAAACCCAGCUCGUUCCGAGUUCCUGCGUUCUACUUAAACAAGAGUUGCAGAUGCGCCCUCCUUCGACUUGCUAUCUGCAAGCCUGCUCCUGCCUCAAAAAAAUCGGUCUUGGCUUGACGGGCUUCGGGGUACUCUUUACGUUCCUCGGGGUCAUCUUCUUUUUCGACAAGGGCCUCCUGGCCAUGGGAAACGUAAGCAGCCACUGUAAUGUGGGCAUUUCGCCCAGUCUUUUCGGCAGCUCAAAUUAUGGAGAACUAGUCUUCUCGCAAUGGCCACUUGUAUAUGAUGAAGCACCUUCCCUGUUGUUUGAGAUUAGGGUUUUGAUGCUUCUCAUGAAGGUCACGCUCCGGUUAAAAGCUCUAACUUCCUUUGUCGUGGUGCAGAUUCUCUUCCUCUCUGGUAUGACUCUAACUAUCGGCUUCAAAUCGACGUGGAAUAUAUUUCUGAACAAGCGGAACCACAGGGUGAGUUACAAGGGCGAUUGCGACUUUCUGUGCAGUCCAUUUUUAGACCAGGACACGGGCUGCUAG